CCACCGCAUCAAAAAAUGGUAGCACAGAAAUUAUCCUCUCACCUCACUUUUUGUGAGCAUUCUGGAGCAGAAGUUUAUCUUCAUUAACUUCAUUGAACAAGACCAUAAAAAUUUGAAGGCACAUCAAGCCAAUUAGAAAAUUAUGAAUAAUUCGAGAAUAUUUCACUGGCUCCAGUAGCUGACUCGAAAUGGAUAUCAAUUAUUCUUGGAAUUUCAGCUUAACUUUUCACCGGACAAACCAGCUGCCCACCGAAUUGCGGCAGCCGGCAAUGACCACCCCGGCUGGAAGUCACGGUCCUUUCCUCUCCCACCUCCUCAACCCCACUCCAUCCCUCAAAUCCAAAGCCCUCUCCUUCCUCCCAGCAGCGAGCAGUAGGACUUGGAGGAGGAGGAGCCUCGUGCUUUCCCUCCCUCUCUCCAUCCUCCCCUUUACCCCUACUUCCACCGCCGCCGACGCCCCGUCCUUCGAUCCCGUCUCCGAUUCCGAGAAGACCGCCAGCGCCGCCCUCUCCGGCCGCGUCUCCGACGCCAUCCGACUCCUCGACCUCGCCCGCGACUUCCAGGCCAAGGGCGACUUCCCCCAGGCUCUCGACUACUUCUCUCUGGUUAUCAGAGAUUACAAGGACUUAGCAUUAUCGGAGUAUGCGAGAGUUGGAAGGGCAUUAGCGGUGUAUGAGAUCGGAGACAGAGAGGAAGCAAUCGCUGAGAUGGAGGAUGUCUCCAUUUCAUUGAAAGGAUACCCUGAGAUUCAUGCAGCUCUUGCCGCGGCAUUGUAUGCGGACAAGCAUGCACCGUUGCUGGCCGAGAACCAGUUCGCAAUCGCCACUCUUUUGGAUCCUCACUAUACUGAUCUUUCAUAUGUAAGAGAAACUAAGCAUUGGCCUCCAAGCUUGGUUAGUUCCUUGCGACACUUCAUCUCCCUUACUUAGGGAUUUCUUAAUUGUAUAUUUUUAAUCUACUAUGGCAGUUUGUGUUUGUAAAUGGAGCACUAUACAGACUUCCGUUGGAUUUUAUUACAGUUGAACUUUUAAUUCAUCUUGUUUACAAGUUGUAUAA